AUGUUUGCACGAUCUGCUUUCCGCGCGGCUCAGCCGCUUAGAAUGCACGCCCGCCGCUUCGCGACCGAGACCGGCCCUUCUGCCGCCCAGCAGGCCGCUAAGCCGGCCGCCGCCGCGCCCAAGGCUGCUCCCGCCCCCCCUCCCGCUGGCGGCGGCGGCGGCAGCAACGUCAUCGCCUAUGUCUUCGGCGCAGCGGCCCUGGGCGGCGGCUACUACUACUACAGCACCCAGGCCGGCGCCGCUCCCAAGCAGCCGGCCAAGCCAGCCUUCACCGGCGGCGAUCAGGGCUUCCUGCCGCUCAAGCUGGCCGAGGUCAUCGACGUCAACCACAACACCAAGCGCUUCCGCUUCGAGCUCCCCGAGAAGGACAUGGUGCCCGGCCUCCCCAUUGCCAGUGCCGUCCUGACAAAGUACAAGGGCGAAAACGAUGCCAAGGCUACCCUGCGUCCUUAUACCCCCAUCAAUGACGAGAAUGAGCCCGGCUACGUCGAGCUCCUCGUCAAGCAGUACCCCGGCGGCCCCAUGAGCACCCACAUCCACAACCUGCAGCCCGGCCAGACGCUCGACAUCAAGGGCCCUCUGCCCAAGUACGAGUGGGCCGAGAACAAGCACGAUCACAUCGGCCUGAUCGCCGGCGGUACCGGCAUCACGCCCAUGUUCCAGCUCGCGCGCGGCAUCUUCCAAAACGCCAACGACAAGACCAAGGUGACGGUCGUGUUCGGCAACGUCAGCAAGGAGGACAUCCUGCUCAAGAAGGAGCUCGAGGAGCUUGAGAACACGUACCCGCAGCGCUUCCGCGCCUUCUACGUCCUCGACAAGGCGCCCAAGGAGUGGCAGGGCAACACGGGAUUCAUCACCCAGGAGCUGCUCAAGACGGUGCUGCCGGAGCCCAAGAGCGACAACAUCAAGAUCUUUGUCUGCGGCCCGCCGGGUCUGAUGAAGGCCAUCUCUGGCGCCAAGGUCAGCCCCAAGGACCAGGGCGAGCUGUCGGGCGCCCUGCAGGAGCUGGGCUACAGCAAGGACCAGGUUUACAAGUUCUAA